AUGGCCAGUUGUGAACCAAGUUUCCAGGGUGAGAACCAGAGACCACAGCCUAACUGCUCAGGGUGCCCCCUAGAGGAGAGAGUGGUUGAAGUCGUCCCAGGACCAUCAGGCCCCUGUGCAGAGGGCAGCGCCCGGCCUCGAUCUGCUCGCCUGAAAAGGAAGAGGGAGUGGCCCACAGAGGAGGGGUCAGAGGAGGAGUCUGCCCCUGGGGCUCAGGACCUCUGGGUCGUGGAGACCCUGUGCGGGCUCAAGAUGAAGCUGAAGAGGCAGCGGGUGUCUUCAGUGCGACCUGAGCACCAUCAGGCCUUCACCAGGCUGCUCGAGGAUCCUGUCAUUAAAAGAUUCCUGGCCUGGGACACAAAUCUGAGGCUCUCGGACAAGUAUCUCCUGUCCAUGGUGAUAGCUUAUUUCAGCCGCGCGGGCCUCUUCUCCUGGCAGUACCGACGCAUUCAUUUCUUCCUGGCCCUCUACCUGGCCGUGGACAUGGAGGAGAAUUACCACGCCCCUAAACAGGCCAUGCUGUCCUUCCUCUAUGGAGAGAACAUCUGCUCCCAGCGCCCCUUGUUCCACAAACUGCGAUUCCAGUUCUUCCGUUCCAUGGACUGGAGGGCGAGGGUCACGCGCGAAGAGUGCGAAGAGAUCCAGGCUUUUGAUCCAGGGCUCUGGGUGUGGAGGCGAGAUCGCGCCCUCCUUUCCGAGACCACCUAA